CAACGGUUACAGUUGCUUCAUUGGGGCGGCCCAACAGCCCUUGUUCAUCCUUCGGAGUGUUUCGCUCGAAUGCGUCCAAUCUCUCGAUCUUCCGGCCAACCUCUUAGGAGAUCAUUCCAAGUUGCCUACAUGGACCAUGCUACGCCCACUACCUCUCAUUUCGAGAGUCUGACGGUGGGCCAAGUACACCGACCCUUCUUGCGUUACUUACGAGAAUGCGCCAGUGCGCACAAAGCAUAUGCAUCUUGAAAGAAGCUGAUCAUGAUGUAACAUCUUCAGGGACUAUAAGACGCUGGUAUGCUCGACACUCUACGUUAUCUGAAAGAUCUCGUGAAUAUCAACUUCUAAGUCAACUCCUGAGCCGUCUUACGAGCACCAUCUCUCCUUGCCAGCCAGCUGGCGCAAGCUUCAAUAGGUUCCAGCCUUUACUUGAAUUUAUCAAGAAUGUCAAUCAUGCGGGUAGCCGUAGCCGGCACUUGCGGAUUAGCCCUGAUCCUGGCUCGGCAGAUCCAUGAGUCAACGAGCCACCAGCUCGUCAUUCUAUCAAGAAGUUCACAGCCAGGUCUUCAGUCUCAAGGAUAUCAAUGUCAGGUCGUGGACUACAAUGACCCGUCCUCUAUUCAGCAUUCGUUGCUGGGCGUCGACACGAUCAUAUCCACCGUCACAGGCAAUGCUCAAUUGCGUCUCAUCGAAGCUGCAGUGGCAUGUCGCGUACGUCGAUUCGUGCCAGCAGAGUUCGAGGGACAACCCAGUGUCAGGACACAGAAUGGUCUCCUUGACCGCGGGAGAGCUGCUGCAUUAGCAUUAUUACAGCACUACCGGGGCUACAUACAGUCAACCGUGUUCGUCUGUGGGGUUUUCUACGAACGAUUCUCCGUCAACGGAAUGGUAUCUCUCCGCAUCGGCGUAAACACUGGGUACGGAAAUGAAGGGGACUACGUUGCCGAUCCGAGGAACAUGACAGCUGUUGCACCUGUGUACGACUCCAGUCAGAACUUGUCAGUGGUGUGCCUGACGUCUGUUUAUGACGUCGCGCGCUUCGUUGUGAGGUCCCUAGACAUGACCUCCUGGCCUCAAGAGAUGACCAUGUGUGGAGAGAGGAUGACAGUGCAGAGUCUUAUUGAGACCAUACAAUCAUGUAGAGGCCGCCAAUUCUAUCCCGUCGAGUGGCAGAACCCUGCAAACUUGCAAUACCAAAUGACUAUGGCCCAAAUAGCCGGCGACACCUCCAAGCAACGGAAGCUCGCAACGCUUAUCGAGACCUCCGAAAACCGAUACCAAUUUGCGUCUCCGGCCUAUCUAAAUUCUCUGUUUCCGGAAAUUGUACCAAUGAGCUUUCGCAACUGGUUCUCCAGUACGUCGUCUGUGUCAUCCUUGAAAGCCACCCGGACUUACAUGCUCCAGACAACUGGGCCUCGGUGCCCUAGCAGCGCCACGUACCAGCUAGACGGGGGAGUCCAUCCAUAGCACCG